UGUAAUUCCAUUUUUUACAUGCCGGAAUUCUCGACCAUCGAAACUACUGAAAACUAGCCCCAAAAGGAAUCAUCAUAACCAAAAUAAAUAUGAAAUAAAUCAGAGUGACAUAGUGUAUAGUGUAAAGUUAAGUGGCUUAAGUCGAGUGGUCAGUUCCUCUUUAUAUUCAAAAUGGUUCGAAUAGGUAUCCGGUGCCUAGUGGUUGCGUUGAUCCUGUCCGCGUAUGUUCGCAGUGAAUGGAAUUUUGGUGAAAUUGACAAUCUGGUCAUAGCGUACAACGAUAAGGAUUUAAAUGAUUCGAUUACUUACCAAAAAGUGAAAGAAUCACUGUAUGACAACCCAAGAAAAUUUAAUGAUACAUUGUGUGUCCUUCAGUUUCGAAGAAUAUUCGAAGGUGUAUCCAAAAAGGAGAAAUGGGCCGAGAAAGUUAUGGACUCCUGGGGACGAGUACCACCUUCAGGAUUAUAUUGGGGACGUACGAUUGACCUUGGACAUUUCGAUGAGUGCAUUAGCACAGCCCAUGAUUUUGGGGAGGAAAACGAAAUAUUCGUGGGACAGUAUUGUAUUGCGUCCUACCCUCUCCAUGUACUAUUGCAUGACAAUUUAGACAAUCAAGAAACUAUUAAGCUAAGAAAUGCACAUCCCACCGUUUUUUCAAGGGGCGUUUGCGUUCCUGAUGCAUGCAGUCUCGACAUGUUGGAUAGUAUCUUCAAGCAGUUUAUUUAUAACAGGACGAAAAUUCAAGUCAAUGAAACCAUGUUCAACGCAAAAGAAUGUACCAUAAACGAGGUUGAACGUUUUAACGGAUACGACAUUUUUGCACUAAUCGUAUUCUCCCUAGUUGGAUUGCUUGUAGUUCUCAGCACAUUUUAUGACAUAAUGACAGGAUAUCUAAACAGAAAGAGAAAUGAUUUAUACAUAAUAUUUUCAAUACCUUCGAAUGCCAAGAAACUUUUCAACAUUGAUCCGAAAAAAGGAUCAUCAUCAAGGAUUGAGUGUCUUAAUGGAAUUCGUUUCAUUUCAAUUGUUUGGGUCGUUUACGGUCAUAUUUUUGCAACUCUACCAAAUGUUCCAAUUGCUAAUUACAAGUAUCUAUGGGAAUGGUUGACUGAAAUAUACACUAUGGUCAUCGUGAGUGGUUCAUUUGCAGUUGACACAUUUUUUGUUCUUAGUGGCUUUCUGCUGGCGUAUCACCUUCUCAGAGAAAUGGAUAAAAGAGGAAGACUUACCUUCGCCCAUAUUAUGUGGAUGUACUUUCAUCGCUAUCUUCGGCUAUUUCCGAUACUGGCUGCUACUAUCCUUUUCACGACCACCCUUCAUAGAUUUAUUGGGGACGGUCCACUCUGGAAAAAAGUUGGAGGCAAGGUUGGAAUCAAUUGUCCUGAGUAUUGGUGGACAUCCUUGCUGUAUAUACAAAAUAUCGUGAACCCCUCGAAACUGUGUCUCAUCCAUACCUGGUAUUUAUCCGCCGAUACUCAACUUUACUUUCUUGCGCCACUAAUUUUGAUACCAUUACACAAGUGGGGUCGAAAAUUUGUUCCCUUCAUAAUUUUGACAAUUGUGUGUUCAAUUUCUUAUUUGUUCAUGUCUAUCCUGGGAAAUAGUCUAAGCCUGAACGCUUUGGACACACUGGCGAAUCGAAGUGACCCACUAAGUUGGGUGAAUUAUUGCAACAUACACACCCGAGCUUCGCCAUGGCUUCUUGGAAUCCUUCUGGGUUACUACCAGCGUAAUCUUAAACGAGCAACAUUCAAACUGUCCAGGCUAAGUGUUUCCGUUGGCUGGAUAUGUUGCAUUCUAUUGAUGAUAGUCUUAAUAUUUGGCCCAUAUCAAAUGCAACAGUAUCUGGGCGAACAGAACCGUGUGGCGAACGCACUUUAUGGUUCCCUAGCUAAGUUUGCUUGGGGUCUAGCGAUAGUUUGGAUCGUUUUUGCCUGCGUUCAAGGAUACGGUGGGCUGGUGAACGAAUUUUUAUCUUAUCCUCUGUGGCAACUUUUAGGACGAUUAACAUAUGCUAUUUACCUUAUUCAUCCCCCUGUGCAAGUGACAACAGCAGCUCUAGCGCGGAUGUCUGUCUUCUAUACAAACUUCGUUGCUAUUCAGAAUAUAUGGAGAGAUCUCGGGAUAAUUCUCACGAUUUCCAUUGUUCUGGCUUUGGUGUUCGAAUCGCCAAUGAUCGCACUGGAGAAGCUUCUAGUGCGGAAGAACCAUCGAAGUGAGGUGAAAACCAAUGGAAAUACGCCACAAAUUGUUUCAUUGCAUCUAAGUGAAUCGAUGGAUUGUCAAAAAACUGAAUCUAAAAGUUGAAUGUAUCUAAAUUAUAAAUAGUUUAUAAUUAAAGUACUAAAUCAAGUUUGCCUAAAUUUUUAUUAGAAAAAGGUUGACUGACGGUUUCGUCCAGGGCAGAGGCAGCUUAUCAGACGCU